AUGAAAGGCAAGGGUGGAAUGAUGGACGGAGGUGAUUUAACUCAAACAAAUGACGAAGAAUACGACGAAACUUUUGCCGAACCAAAUGCAGAAUGUUUGAAGAAGCCAGCUAAAUCAGUUUCCGGGGAACAAAAAACCAGGACUCCAUCGUCCAGAAGCAGUAAAGAAAAAUUAGAGCAUUUACCUGAUACUCGUACUGGAUGUUUUAAGAAGCCAGCUAAAUCAGUUUCUGGGGAGCAAGAAACCAGGACUCCAUCGUCAAGAAACGGUAAUGAAAAUUCAGAGCAUUUACCUGAUACUCGUACUGAAUGUUUGAAGAAGCCAGCUAAAUCAGUUUCCGGGGAACAAAAAACCAGGACUCCAUCGUCCAGAAGCAGUAAAGAAAAAUUAGAGCAUUUACCUGCUACUCGUACUGAAUGUUCAAAGAAACCAGUUAAAUUAGUUUCUGGGGCACAAAACACCAGGACUUCAUCGUCCAGAAGCGGUAAUGAAAAAUCAGAGCAUUUACCUGCUACUGCUACUGGAUGUUUGAAGAAGCCAGCUAAAUCAGUUUCCGGGGAACAAAAAACCAGCACUCCAUCGUCAAGAAGUGGUAAUGAAAAAUCAGAGCAUUUACCUGCAACUCGUACUGAAUGUUCAAAGAAACCAGUUAAAUUAGUUUCUGGGGCACAAAACACCAGGACUCCAUCGUCCAGAAGCGGUAAUGAAAAAUCAGAGCAUUUACCUGCUACUGCUACUGGAUGUUUGAAGAAGCCAGCUAAAUCAGUUUCGGGGGAACAAAAAACCAGGACUCCAUCGUCAAGAAGUGGUAAUGAAAAAUCAGAGCAUUUACCUGAUACUCGUACUGGAUGUUUGAAGAAGCCAGCUAAAUCAGUUUCCGGGGAACAAAAAACCAGCACUCCAUCGUCAAGAAGUGGUAAUGAAAAAUCAGAGCAUUUACCUGCAACUCGUACUGAAUGUUCAAAGAAACCAGUUAAAUUAGUUUCUGGGGCACAAAACACCAGGACUCCAUCGUCCAGAAGCGGUAAUGAAAAAUCAGAGCAUUUACCUGCUACUGCUACUGGAUGUUUGAAGAAGCCAGCUAAAUCAGUUUCGGGGGAACAAAAAACCAGGACUCCAUCGUCAAGAAGUGGUAAUGAAAAAUCAGAGCAUUUACCUGAUACUCGUACUGAAUGUUUGAAGAAGCCAGCUAAAUCAGUUUCCGGGGAACAAAAAACCAGCACUCCAUCGUCAAGAAGCGGUAAAGAAACAUUAGAGAAUUUACCUGCAACUCGUACUGAAUGUUCGAAGAAACCAGCUAAAUUAGUUUCUAGGGAACAAGAAACCAGGACUUCAUCGUCAAGAAGCGGUAAUGAAAAAUCAGAGCAUUUACCUGCUACUCGUACUGACCACCUCAAUGAAAAGUUUAGAAAAGAAAUACCUAUCUACAGACAGGAUUAUGAAAAGGCAUGGCUAGAUUUCCAGCCAAGUCAUAUAGACAAAACAGAGGUUGAAAGGGCAGAAAAACAUAUGAGUGAUGCAUCUGUUGGGAUUGAGCAUUUUUUUCGAGAAGUAGGUCAGAUUUAUGAAGCUAGCAAAAGUAUUCAGAAUGCUAAACUUAAAAUGAAACCAGCAGAAGCAGUUGCCAGAUCCAUAAUGCUAGGCUUUCCUUUUGAGUUGAUGGAUGGCGAUGUUGCUAAC